AGCUCUACCGCUUUGUUUGUAGGCUUUUGUUUUCUGUGGUCCAGAUGCUUUCUUGUACUUACGUUUCCUUUGCUCUUCGUCUCUUUUGAGGGCUCUUGUUUUUCCUGUUUAAGUUGUGAGUAUGUAGCUAGGUUAGACCAGUUGACGACAAUUUGAAAUCUCCGUUCUUGUAGAUUAGACUGGUUAAAAAAGAUCGUCUUGUUGUAAAAGCUAAUUAAAAACAGAUGUUGAUUUGGCUUUUUGGAUGAUUUUUUUCAAGGAAAUAAUUUUAUCAAUGGAUGGGAUGGACUUAUCACCCAAGUCAGCCCAGAAGUUGUUUGAAGGAGAUGGAGGAGCAUAUUACAUUUGGUCGAGUUCAGAUGUUCCAGUGCUUGGUGAGGCCAAGGUUGGUGCAGGCAAGCUUGUUCUUCAACCUCAUGGCUUCGCUCUUCCUCACCAUGCAGAUUCCUCCAAACUGGGAUAUGUUCUUCAAGGUAAUGAUGGAUUAGUAGGAAUGGUCUUCCCUAACACAUCAGAGGAGGUGGUGGUUAGGGUUAAGAAAGGAGAUGUGAUACCAUUACCAGUUGGAACAAUCUCAUGGUGGUUCAACAAUGUUGAUCACUCUGAGGAGCUUGUUGUUGUUUUCAUGGGUGAAACUGCCGGAGCCCACGUUCCCGGUCAAUUUUCGUACUUUUUUAUUGCCGGAACCCUAAGUAUACUUGCAGGUUUCUCAACAGAAUUUGUCAGCAAGUCCUUCAACAUCACCGAGGAUGAAGCUGAUGGCAUCACCAAAAGCCAGACUGGGGCUUUGAUCAUCAAGCUAGGUCAAGAUGAAAAAGCCAAAAUGCCCCUCCCCAAUCUAAAACUCACCGACAAAUUUGUUCACAACAUCAGUACUAGUAGUACAACUACAUUAACUGAAAAGGAAUUUCCUUUUCUUAAACAAGCUGGGUUAAGUGUUAACCUCACAAAACUUGAGGCCAACGCAAUCAGCUCUCCAAUUUACACAGCCGAUUCCAUAGUCCAAGUGAUUUAUAUUGCUCGAGGGAGUGGCCGGAUACAGAUCGUGGGUGUUAACGGUCAACGUUUGUUGGACGCGGAGGUAACUGCUGGGCAGCUGCUUGUGGUACCAACGUUCUUCAUGGUUGCUAAACUUGCAGGACAUACUGGGCUGGAGUGUUUCACUCUCAUGACUAGUUCUCAGCCUGUCGUGGAAGACUUAGCUGGAAAGACAUCAACAUUGGGAGCAUUAUCACCGGAGGUGCUGCGAAUAUCCCUUAAUAUAACUCCAGAGCUAGAAAAACUUCUCAAGUCCAAGAUUCGAAAGGUCCGAUCAUGAUCAACAACCGAAUUAAUUAUUCCAAAUCAAUGCAUCGUGAUUAAUGUGGUAGUUAAAGUCCGCCGAAAAUCUUUUAUGUAAUCUUGUCUGUUAUGUUAAAAACCAGAAAAAUAAGUCACAAGACGUAAAGGUCUUUCUGGAUAUCAUUGUAUUUUUAUGCGCUUUGUGUAAUAAAAGGCCAAAAAAAAUUCGUGGUCCAUGUGGUGACACGGCAUUUUCAAUGUGA